AUGGGUCUCUGCACUUCCAAACCCACUCUCUCCUCUCCCCAAUCCGCCACUCACUCCCCCGUGCCACCUUCUCAAAAUGACGCCGUCGCAAUCACUCACAGUCACAGUGCCGAACCGCACGCGCGCUGCGCCAAUGGCGAGAACGAAAACCCUAAGGAGCCGGAGAACGGUAAGAUAUCUCCGUUCAUCCCGUUCUACAGUCCGAGUCCGGGCCGUUACGUGUUCCCCGUCUCGCCGCGCCGGUUUUUUAAGCGGCCGUUUCCCCCGCCGUCGCCGGCCAAGCAUAUAAUGGCGGCGCUGGCGAGGCGUCACGGGUCGGUGAAGCCCAACAAGGAUGCCAUACCGGAGGCGGAGGCGGUCGCCGGGCUCGACAAGAACUUCGGAUUCUCCAAACAUUUCGGAAAUAAAUAUGAAGUUGGAGAUGAGAUUGGGAGAGGGCAUUUUGGAUACACUUGUGUUGCUAAGGUGAAGAAAGGAGAGUUGAAGGGACAACAAGUGGCCGCUAAAGUCAUUCCAAAAGUCAAGAUGACCACUGCGAUUGCUAUUGAAGAUGUGAGAAGGGAAGUACAAAUAUUGAGAGCUUUGACUGGACACAAGAAUCUAGUACAAUUCUAUGAUGCAUAUGAAGACCAUGAUAAUGUCUAUAUAGUGAUGGAGUUGUGUGAAGGAGGAGAACUAUUAGACAGAAUAUUAUCAAGAGGUGGGAAGUACACAGAAGAAGAUGCAAAAGUUGUGCUGAGACAAAUACUAAAUGUUGUUGCUUUUUGCCAUCUACAGGGUGUUGUGCAUCGUGAUCUUAAACCUGAGAACUUCUUGUUCACAUCCAAGGACGAGAACUCAAACCUGAAGGCCAUAGACUUUGGUUUGUCAGAUUUUGUUAAACCAGAUGAAAGACUUAAUGAUAUUGUUGGCAGUGCAUACUAUGUGGCUCCUGAGGUUCUACAUAGAGCUUACAGUACAGAGGCUGAUGUCUGGAGUAUAGGAGUGAUUGCAUAUAUUUUAUUAUGUGGCAGUCGUCCAUUUUGGGCUCGGACCGAAUCUGGUAUCUUCCGAGCAGUAUUGAAAGCUGAUCCAAGUUUUGAGGAACCUCCUUGGCCUUCUCUGUCAGAUGAGGCAACAGAUUUUGUUAUGCGAUUACUAAAUAAAGAUCCACGGAAAAGAAUGUCUGCAGCACAGGCGUUAAGUCAUCCAUGGAUUAAAAACAAGGAUGUAAAAGUACCUUUGGAUAUUCUAAUAUUCAAGCUCAUGAAGGCAUACAUGCAAUCGUCAUCCCUACGGAAAGCUGCUUUAAGAGCUCUGUCUAAGACGUUAACGGUUCACGAGUUAUUUUAUUUGAGGGAGCAGUUUGCACUUUUAGAGCCGAGCAAAAAUGACUCCAUUAGCUUGGAAAAUAUCAAAGCGGUCUUGAUGGUAAAUGCAACAGAUGCUAUGAACGAAUCACGCAUACCUGACUUUCUGACAUCACUUAAUGCAUUACAAUUUAGAAGGAUGGAUUUUGAUGAGUUCUGUGCGGCUGCCCUUAGUGUUCAUCAACUUGAAACAAAUGACCAGUGGGAGCAACAUGCACGUUGUGCUUACGAACUCUUUGAAAAGGACGGAAACAAGGCCAUAGUCAUUGACGAACUAGCUUCGGAGCUUGGGCUCGGUCCAUCUGUCCCUGUUCAUGCUGUUCUCCAUGAUUGGAUUCGGCACACUGAUGGAAAAUUAAGUUUCCUUGGAUUUGUCAAACUGUUGCAUGGCCCAUCUAGAAGUCUUGCAAAAGCUCAAUAG